UGGUGCGUGUGCUGGCUACGGCGCGGCUGGUGUUGCCCGGGCUCUCCGUGUAUUCUCGGAUCGGACGUUUCGGCUCGCCCACCGCCCGACCGUCCCGUCCGGCGUGCCCGAACGACGCUGUCCAGGCUUCCUGCUGCCUUAGGCUGCUGGACUAUCAUUUUCCGCCUUAGCAAUUUCUCGCGUCUCCAGACAAGCAACGCGUGCCUUUUCUGCGCACUGCCCUGUUUUCGCUUAGCGGCGAGCAGUUGCCGAAUAAUUUUCGCCCGCGAACUCGCUCCCCGCGUGUGUUUUGGAAGAACUUGAGACGCCCAGUGCUUCGUUAGGUUUUUGCAUCUUUGCUGACUUGCUUCGCGCUCGACCCUCGCAGCAACGAUGCGACGAGUGGGAAAUUGUGUGUGCUACGGUUCGACAGUGGCCUUCCUUCUCCUUGGGAUCUUACUCGGACUCUCAUCAGCUCAAGCCCAGGAAGAUGAAACGGAAGUGCCCCAAGACCGAAAAGUGGAGUUUUUAACGAAAGAGCAGACAUUUUUCCUGAGCCUUGGUGACUCCGUUACUCUACCGUGCAAAAUCGUCCAGUCGAGUGAGGAUGAGUUCAUCAAGGUGUGGAUAAAGAACAAGGACAUCCUGUUCGCCGGGAGCUUUCGUGUGGACACGGACCCGAGGAUCAGCCUUGGUCCCGAAGGCGAGCUCAAGAUCGACGGCCUGGUAGCCUCGGACGACGCCGUCUACACCUGCAAGGUCAACAGUCAGAUCGAGCCGAAUUCUAUCCAACACAAGAUCGUCCUCCCAGGACCCCCUAGGCUGUCUACGAUUCCGGAAAGCGGCGAGGUGACAGUAAUGAAAGGGGAGCCCCUGUAUAUCGGCUGCGUGGCGAGCGGAAAGCCGGACUCCACCAUCACGUGGCGACACAUGGAUCAUAUCAGCACCUCAAAUGUGGCACGGUCGUCGAGGUCCAACGACUCUUCUAUUGACGUCAACAAACUGGUUAAGGACAACCGCAUCGAUAUCGAAGCUGCCGACUCAAAGCACUCUGGAACUUACCAGUGCACUGCAUCGAACGGCUACGGCAAUCCUGUUACGGAUUACAUCACCGUGAAAGUUCUCGGCAAGCCGACGGUGAAGACGUCGCUGCUGUGGUCGUCGGGCGUGGGCGGCAGCCUGAACGCCGAGCUGCUGUGCGUGACGCACUCGGACGUGCCCGGCACGACCCGUUGGCUGCGCACUGACGGCACGUGGCUGAUGCACGGCGAGUCCGUGUCCCUCUACACCUCUGGCAACCACUACACGGCCCGUUUCAAACAUGUCACCGAGCGAGACUACGGGAACUACACGUGCGAGUCCAAGAACAAGUUUGGCGUCACCUCGGACACCGUCGAACUUCAAGCUGCACCGACCAGGCCUGUUGUGAUGGCCGUCGAAGGCCCGAACUCGACAGCUUACCUAAUCUCGCUUUCCUCGGUGGCUCCGUAUCCUAUCAGCAAGUACAUGAUCUACAUCAGGGCGGAAAAGCACGCCCAAGAUGUUGAAGAGUGGCGGAACAUCACGAUUCCAAGAAGCCACGGCCACGACAUGCAGAAGAUGGGAUCUAAGGCCGCCACGAGCUACCUGAUAACCAACCUCGAGCCUGAAACGCGAUACCAAGCAUACGCUGUUGCCAUCAACGAAAUGGGCACGAGUGGUCUCACCAGCUUCGACUUUAUGACCGCAUUCGCCCUCCCUAAGCAGCCAUUGAGUACCAAAGCCAGCGAGGAAGUUGAAACUGGUCUGCAAGCUAAUGACCCUGAUGCUUUACAAGAGCAGAUCAAGGAUAGCGGCAACGGAAACGCCGGCACCCGGGCCACCAUCUUCAGUCCGCACAUGGUCGGAUGCGUCACGGUGGCCCUGCUGUCGAUUUUUUUCUGCUGAACACGUCGAUCGCCAUGAGCCGAAUAGUUUUUCUUUUGCCACCUGUGGACUACGUUUGACACAACACACACAGCGUCGCCGCUGACCAACGAACUAUUAUUUUUAUUUUUGAAGCGGCACAGCAUCUACCAUCUUUCUCUUUCGUUCGUAUUACUCACGAUGAAGGGCGUCCACGAGUGAUGGUUAUAAUAAUUACGUUCAUUUUUCAUUCUUUCUCCUACCCUUUCUUACUCAAAAGGUCCACGUGUAACUUAAAAAGUCCUUCCGAUGUUGUUCAUGGUGUUUAUUAUUAUUAUUAUUAAUAUUUUGUGCAUGCAUCAGUUUCUGCAUUUCUACGCUUCAUGCAUUAUUUUUUUUUUCGUGAUCUGCCAAGUGUUCGCUACGCGGAGAGUCAUGUGAGAAAACGUUAGCGGAUUGACAGUCACACACAGACGGGCGUUACAGCGGUUUCUUCUAUCGUCCCGUGCUGUGUGCACUUCGACGCAUCUUGCGCGAUAAAAAAAAAAAAGGAUACUGUGGGACACACCCAACGAACUACUUCUUACAAAACGACCCUCAGUGUACGCGCGUCUUGUGUCAUUCGCGUAACGAACGGCUACCGACACUCACACAACACCCGAAAACUCGUAGUGAUCUUGCUAUAAACAUUCACUCUGUCCCGCUUCGUAGGAUACAUUCAACACUGGAUUCUCAUUCUCUCAAGAUUUCCCUCUUAUCAGCAGCAUCUCUUUCCGCAAAGCGUAUCGGUGUAGUGACCAAGGCAUCUGAGAAGUCGGAAGGUGAAGAAUAGAAUAGCGAUGCACGCGUUGGGGGCGUAAGUGGGACUUUUAAUGAUCGAGUUUUUUUCUUUACUCUUCCUCGCACAUUUCAGCGCAGUAAUGUAGUGAGUGUUACGCCCUAAGCGCAAUGACAUUAAGACUCAUUUGUUAUGUCUUCAUCCGUGGCGCUUAUUUCAUGUACUGCCAUCCAAAGCAUACAAUUCUUUAAAAACCUUCCAACUAUUAACGCUCUUGCUGGACUUGAGCGAACUCUUAGCACUUAUGAUAUUCAAAGGUUCUGUACUGUGUUUCUAUACAUCAUCCUCAGUUCUCAUGGUGAGGUUACAAAUCUCUCAUCCUAUAUCUCUAACCAAUGGCUCAAGCUUUAUUGAGAGCACAAGAUUUGGCGAGUCAAGUCAAUCUAUAGGAAGUAUUUUAUGUUUAAACACUUAAAUUAUAGUGCGGUAAACAGCGGCUUUUUACGCUUCAAUGGCCCAUCAAAAGAGCAUUAUCACAGGAGCCAUUACUCUUCUCUGCCUUUCAUGAUAACUAUAUUUUCUUUUUCCGGCGGCAACUUGGGAGCUGUCACAGUUAUCGCCUUACUGUACAAUACUACGCUGUCAAGCACUGCUGGCAUAAUUUGUUUGUGUGCCCUCGGACUGACGUGUCGUGUUCUGUGAAAUUGGUGGUCGCACUAAAAUGCGUCAAUCUUAUCUUCCUGUUAAUCUCUCCUUUGUUGUUUUUUUCUCGAUUUUUUUUCAAUGAUUGUGAAUCACAAUGUCUUGUCAUGCUCGUUUUGUAUAGCUUGUUCUAUUGAAGCUGUAAAAAAAGAAAGCAUAUAUAUGUAGCGCAAUAUUAUUGCUCUUUAUUUUUUCUUUCUAUCUUUUGUAUUCAUUACUUUCAUCGUCCAGAGUGUCAGCUUCUGUGUUCUUGGACUGAAGAAUGUUAUACAUAGAAAUAUAUGCUGUUCUUUUUUUUUUCGUGUCUGCAAAGUAUUGCGUCGGAUAGGAGAACGAAAGGACAAAAAAAAUAGAGCGUACGAAAGUGGCUUUGUCAUGACUAAUUACACUAAUCUAGCAAGUAGCAGUCCUGUUCUGAAUGUAUAAUCAUUCUCGUUGCGUAAACGCCGGCUUCUGUCUUACUCUUUGGACAGCCAUGUUCGUGGCAGCUUUCUGACUGCUCAAAACUCUGUCUCCGUUUAAGGAAAUUAGGCUAGACUCAUUUGCAUCAUGGUGACAGGUGCUACUUCAAGGACGAGAUGGUGGAAUACGAUGUUUACAGCUGCUCUAUUGUCCAUAUUUCCGGGGAAGAAAAGUCAAACGAGCUAGUUCUGUUGUUAGGUGUGAAAUUUACACUUAUUUGAAAUCAUUUUUUUCAGAGCUUCCCCGAAGGCGCCUGGCCAUCAACAUUCAAAGAGUUCUUCGUGUAAAAUAAUUUCAUUUGAGCCGUUAUCUAUAGGUUUCCGACAGUUUGGUUAGUUGGCGUGCAGUGCGAUAUACGUACAUUUAAAUAAAACGUCCGAGAAUGUGAGACAAGACACCUUGGAAUGCCGAGAAAACGUCGUGGCGCCUGUCACCUCCCUUAUUCAAAGUAAAUGUUGACAAAGUGCGUCUAUCUGUUAGUGUCACCAGUGUAGAAACGUAAUCCCGGAUCUGAGACGAACACAUACUUUCAAAUUAUCUGCUGAAAUACGAGGUAUAUGCCCACCAAUAACUGAGUGCUUAGCUGUGUCGCAAAUACUAUUUAUCGCGUAAACUGAAAGCACAGCGUGUGGGUAAUAAGCUGCAGAAUAUUACUCUGGUCCGCUUAAAUUUUCCCGAACAAUUUUAGAAGAGACGCAAAGAGAAUUCUGUCGACUGUCGAAAGAGCAAUGGUGGCUGACUGAAGAAGCGGCGAUUGCUACAGUAGACGGAUUGGCCGGCGUGCUAGAGCACCACUGCUACUCUGCUGAAUCUAGGUGAACAAUAAAAAUAAAGUUGAGUGGCAUGCAUUAGUGUUUUGACCGCAUCCGGUCUCUGCUCGAGUAUUUAUUGCACCAAAGAGCAGUAGGCCAGUCCCAUGAUUCACUUAAAUCCCGGUCACCUUCACUUGCGUGUUGCAACGUUGUUGUAGCCUUCUAGCACCUGUUUAGCGUGUCGCGCCCAAAAUAUGAUGAAAGAAUGUUAGUGGUAUAGUGAACAUGAUUACUCGGAGUUCUAAAGCUAUAGAGCGCCAAGUAUUUUUGUUAACUGUACAAUGCGAGGUAAUGAAUGGUUCUUGAAAGGUUCCCUUGUGUGUUUACUUUCCUUUUUUGUUUUUCUGGGCGUUCGAACACUUCGUCACGCUCCUGUAACCUAUACUGCCAUCUAUUUAAACUCUCGAUACUGAUGCUGAAAGCUAGAAAGCCUAGAUUUGUCUUCUUGUCAAGAAACGCUGCUGGCUUAUGCUAUUAGCAGUGAGCGGCAAAUAUGUGUACAUUAACUGAGCGAGAGACCAUCUUCUAAUACAACCCAACAGUUGGUUGAAAAAUAAAUGUUUUGAAGCACGACCAAAGGCAAAAUUUAAUCGUUAACCACAUAAGCAGCUCAUUUUCAAAGUACUGAUUGUAAAUGAGGCUCUCAAAUAACGUGUUCUUUUUUUUCCCUCUCGGUUGUUUCCCGUUGAGCCUAGGUGACAUGUCAGGAUGUACAUUCCAAGCUACUGUGACAGAAAUUAUUUGCAGUUGCGGCGUAUCUGUUUUCAGUUAACAUAAUUUCGCCGGCGGCAGCAGUCACACCAAAGUGCCUCUGAGUUUGCUAGCAUUACGAUAAAAAAAGCUAAAAAUAUAUAGAACGAUUAGUGUGGCAUAUUUAUCUCAAACAUUCUAAAGGUCCUAUACCCAGCUAUUCUCUUUAAAACUGGCUGGUAGAUCUGACUGCUAGAUUUUCCCUACGCUCUCCAGGGAAGACCACCUCUUCAGUGAGUAAUACUUGAAAUGACCGUUCUGUCGAAUCAUUUGGUGGCAUUUCCCGAUAGCGCCUUGCUUUUGCAUACUGAAUGCUUCUUUCAGUAGCUCCUAGUGAUGCGGUGGAGCCGAUGUGAUGAGCAACUUUUACACAUGCACCGAAUGUGAUGUGGUCUCGCAAUACAGACAACGCCCGACGAGCAGUUGUCGCUGCUGCAAAUAAUUUCUCUUGGCAUUUGGAAUAUACAAGAAAAGCAGUUUGGUCUUGUGGAUUUUGUGAAUGUUCUGUCAAUAAAGUCAAAUACAACCAAA